GCUGACUUUACGACCGUCACCCGGCAUUCAUCGGUGUCGAUCCCUAUUGUUCUUCUCAGAUCCUGUAAUCGUUUAACCGGGAGACUGCGGGAAUAUUGCCAGCGUUGCACCUCGUUGUGCGUCAGGGACUAAUCGUAUGGGGCAUUUCUGGCCGUGAAGUCUCCUACACUAUGACUGCUGCGGCCGAGGUGCAGGCUUUGCUGCGCUUCUUGACCAAAGAUGCCCGCAUUCCAUUGGCAGAAGCCAUGCCCAAGAUCCACGCCCUCCGGAAACACCAACUUAAUACGCCCGAGAACAUCUCCAAGGCCGACGAGACUGAUCUUAAAUCCAUCUUUGCUGAUGAGAAGGUGCUGAAGCAGGUGAUCAACGCGGCCAAGCGUGUUUCCAAUCCCAAAAAGCGAGCAGCCACGCAGUCGAGUUCUCCAACCUCAAAGCGCACGAGGACAGAUCAAGAUCUGCCUGAUGAUGAUGAGCUUUCUCUUGCACUACCCCAGACAGAGAUACCCAUUGCCGAGCUAGAGAAUAUCAUCAUUGAGACGAACCGCGCACCCCUUUUCCUCGCCUUCACUAUCGCUGUCCUUGCGUAUACACAUCCUGAGCAACCUGUCUCGAGUCGAUGGAGCUUGGCGCAAGCAGUCGUGAGCGCAGGUGCACAGAGCAAAGCGAAAUACCUUGGUCUGACAACCGGGCCGACUGCGGAAGAAGAUGGUUGGGCCCAAGGCCAACCCAAAGUCAAGAUAAUGGGACGUGAGGUGGCCGUGAUGCGGAGGCACGUGGCUGCCUCCGUCGAUGACGAGACAUCUACUCCUAGUGUUGCGUUCUGGGGCCUUGAUCUCGAAGCGCUUCGCAAGUCCAAUGGACCUUUGAUUGCUGGUAAGGACAUCAAGAAAUCUACCGGGCCUCCUAUACACAAGCCUAUUUCACCUCGAAACUACCUGCUCAAAUCCAUGAUGGUUGUCGAGUCCGGCCCCGCGGAAUCCGUAAAGGAUACCGACGAGAAGAAGCCUGCCUUGAAGAAGAUAACCCCAAAGGAAAUGGCGAGAAGGAGGGAGGAAGCUGCCGCUAUGACUCUCAAGGCGAUCGACGCAGUGUGCAAGAGUUGGGCACCCACGCUGAGCGCGCAAGAGCUUGACCAGAGAGCACAGGUGUGGUAUACGCGUGUUCGGCCAGAUGUCGAACAAGGCCAAGCCGGCUGGGGACAGCGAGGCCAAGUACGCCUGGCGGAAAUCCUCGCACUGAGAAAGGGAUAGACCACGCAUGCCAUGGCUGUCUUGAUUGAUGCGCGCCAAAUGACACAAAUGUCACGAUUGCAUUGCAUGCUGGAAAGGCAUGAUGAGACUAUCAGAGCAUGACUGUACUCAUAUAUUCCCAUUCACUUGCACGACGGGAUGCCUCCUUGUUGGCACACUUCAGCAAAACCGACCCCCAUCAUCACAACUUCGCUUCAGACCUGAUCCCCAGGUUACAGUCUUCCCUUUUGAAUGCCAUCAACGCCCAGUGCGAUUUCAAUUUCCGGCACCAUGAUUCAAGUUGCACCUGCAUCGUCUGCCUCGCACCGCUUCGGGCAUUUCUGAAACGUCGCUACUUUUUGUCUUCUGAUGGGCGUCCAACGUCGCCUGCCCCUGAGUGUUAGAUUAUACCAUAUCGGACUAGUUUGGGAGAGAAGACAGACCCUUCCAAAACUGCUUGUCCACCUUGUUAUCGUCCUCACUCAACUGGUUUACCGUCCUCUCGUGUCGUUGUUCCAGCUCUUCGUUAUGCUUCCGAACUUCCGGGUCAUUCUUUUCGGCGGCGGAUUUGGGGCUGUGGAUUUUAGGGCUGCCACCCUGACUUGUGGACGAGCUUCCACCUUUGCCAGUUGCAGGAGCUUCUGGGCCGGGAUGCUCCAUGUGGGCUUUGGGGUUGUCCUUGUCGGUGCCCUGCUGCAUCCCAGACUGCUCAUUCCCAUAAGACUGAUGUGCGGAUCUUCUUGGGUGUGCAGGAUAGUAAAGGGCUGGGAAACGGCGAGGGACUCGGACUGGCCUCGCGGCCACACGAAGAAUGGGCUGCAUUUUGGCUGCUUCAGUGAAGGUUUUGGUGGAUGGUAGAAAUUUCGGCAGCAGAAGAUAUGGGCAGACUCCAGCUCAGAAGUACGCUGGAAGUGAAGGUCAAAAGGCCAUGGAAACUUGCAAGGAGUGCCACUGAUGAUCCUCUGAUGCAUUGCGUCGACUUGAUGACUUCAUGGAAUGCCAAGCCUGCUAUUGAUGGUAUUGAAUACUACUACGAACCGCAGGGGGCUGAUCACAGCCUUGCCCACGUUUCUCGGACCUGCACAACCAACAUGGAUUAACUACUUGCUUGAAAGCCGCAAGCCAGAAGCUAGAGGGGUUUCUUGUCCUUUGCUCCCCGGGAAGACUACUAGAUACCUAGCAUCGUCCUGUACAGACCGGUAGCAGUGCCUGCGCCACAAGCAUCGGAUUUGUUCUUCGCUCUAAGUGAUGG